GCUAAUUUCAGAUCCAGGUCUUGGGCAACUUGAGCUGUUAGGUACCUUCCCAAUUUCCCAAUCUCCUCCUCCACUUCACACACUAACGCGGCUGAGGGAAAAAAAAAAACCAAAAACGAGAAAAAAAAACUGGAAGAACGAUAAGGAAGAGGGAGAUCCGGCGGAAUGGCGGCGCCGCCCCCGCUCCCGCCGUCGCUGGAGCCGGAGAUCGGCCCCGACGGCCUCGCCCGGGAGAACCCCGUCAUCGCCUACACCGAGAAGGUUAUUUUGGAGGAGCAGCUGCAGCUGAAGAAAUACAUUCAAGAGAACUAUUCCAAAAUUCGUGAUGUUGAAAAGGAGCUAGAGAAUCUGACUUUAGAAAUGAAACUUACAGCUGGGCCAAAGAAAGCAGCACUUGAGCAUUUAAGGAAAAAGAUUGAAAUAUCAACAGAGAGGAUACGGCUGGCUAAAGUGAAAGAGGAACAGGCAAAGAAGGCCUGGGAAAGUGCUGCACAAAUUGUUAAAGAGGAAGAGGAUGCUAAGCAGAAGCUAUGUGAUGAUCUGAACCGGCUGGUCCAAGAGAGCGCUGCUUCCCAGUUUACAAGAUUAGAGGAGCUAAAGAAGCGUUUAGAAUCUCUAAAUCCCAGCAGGGUUUCUGUUGAUGUCUAUGGUGUGAAUACUCCACGGCAUGCAACCACAAAUUCAGUUCCUCAGCAGCCAGUAGCACAAAAUCCUCAAAAUGCACCUAAUGCUGUGAAUAAAGCUGACCCUGCCUCCAGCGGAUUAGCCCAACAGCAAAGACCUGCUGAUGCAGAAAAGAAGAGAAGACCAUCACAAACGGGACGAGGGAGAGGUGGUGUGAUGAUUCUCCCCAAGGGAAGAGGAAGUUCAGGGUCAGGAUGGACAGGUGCUGGCUUUGAUGUAGAUGGCGGUACAUGAUUCUAGGAUUAGUAGUUAUUUUUGAAUCGUUGACAAUUAGAGUGCUCUUCUGGGAUAAUGAUCUCAGGAGCUCCAGGGCAAACCACAGUGAGGAUGUAAUGCAUUAUUGAUUAUUUGUUUUAACAUUGUAUAUGUUCAAAUGUGCAGAAAAAUAUUAAGUGUAACAUCCAGUGUAACUGCCAAUACGGUAAAAGAGUUUAUUUGGUUAUAUAUCAAAUUGUACCAAUAAUU